AUGAAUCACAAGGAGAGCACAUUCAGUCGUGAUUUCGAUUUUGCUUACAAGAAGGUGCACGCGAAAGGAGUAAGAAGAGCGACACUAGGUCGAGGACUUAUAGCAUUGACUGAUAAAUUUGGGAUUAUGAGGACAAGGACGAAAUGUGAUUUGGUACAGGAAUCAUAUUCGGAGCUAGAUAAUCCAGACUCAGUAUAUACUGCUUCUACGAAAGUGUUUUUACGACUUGCGGAGCAUUUGAACGCAGAGCACGUGCUCAUAUCUUUGGCGUUGGUGGAAGGCAUCGAAAGUGCGCUAAAAAAUCUGCCACCGAAACUUCUGAUCACAUGUAGCUGUCUUACUGUAAUAAGUUAUCGAUAUUCUUUUCUGAAAUUGCUCCUUCCCUGUGUAAAUCGUGGAUGCGGGCUUCGAAUCAAUCUGUUUGCAGAUGAUAAAGAAGAAGCCAUUGAUUCUGCGAUUUUUGAUUCCGAAUUAGUAAAAGCAGCUCCAUUUCUCGAGAUUUGUGCAGAAUGUCGUAUCAGCGAUGGACAGCUUCCUUACCUCAAAGCUUGCUGGAUUUUUAUCUCUUUUGCACCCCAAAUUUCUGAAGAAGGUCUGAUCAGAUUGAUCAUGCAGUGGCUGGAUGGCAAACGGAGAAUUAACAGACUAUAUAUCGGGUGUAUGUUGGCACUCACUGAAGAUAUGGUUUAUAAAGUGAGAAGAUGUGAACUAAUACCCGAAUCUGAGCUAAACAAAACACCAUUUCUCAAGUACUUUAUGGAAAAGCAUUUCGAAUCUGGAUUUCGCGUUGGAGUCCGAAACAAGGCUGGCAACUUGAUAUUAGUAAAUGUAAGCGAAGGAUCCUGCAAAAUAGCUGAUCCAUACUCUGAAGAUGAUCCUCCACUCUCGCAAUGUUCCAUUGAUUAUCGAGAUGAUGAUCAUGAUGAUUAACAACAAAUGUUACCUUCGGGAAUUACACGUCGAAAUAAUGUUGUGUACGUAUGCAAUAUAUUUUGUAUUCAACUUGUAACGAAGUAAGUAAAUAAUGCAUGCAUUUUUUCUCGUGUUUCACUUUAAUCUGCUCUGGACUUUCGUUAUGAUGUUUGCUUCAAAUCAUGCAAUCCAUCUUCCAUAUUUUGAACGACGGGAGUUGAAAUUCUAGAAAAUUUUGAACGAUUCUCAUUUGGACAUCUCAUUUGAUAGCGCCUCAGAAUAUUCAGCUCUCUGUAAUCUUUCUGCCAUUUUCUGCUAGUUUUUUCUUCUUGAUAACUAUCUACC